AUGGCGAGAUCAGGUCCCGACAGAGACUCACAGGCCCCAAUGUUUGUGGAUCCAGCGGGCGGCACUGUUGCAGCGGUUGGGCUCUAUCCCGUUCUAGACGCACGUGUACAAUACCGAGAUGCGAUGGUGCUUGUGGGAGAAACGGAACAUGCAUAUCGCCAAGAAUGUGCCGAUGCUCCGAUGGGACCACCAGUGAAUCGUGCGACGAAUCCCGGCCCGCCGCAGAAACUCAUGUACCACCACAGAUGCGGGUGUUCCGAGGACAAUGCAGCCGCUCCCGCCGUGUCUGCAAACACAUCUGCCUAA